AUGAAGUCCGCCAUCGUUGCCAUGACCCUUUUCGUUUCGCUAGCCCUGGCGGUCCCUGUGGCGACCGACCAGGACGGAAAGACGACCGCGUUGGAGAAGCGCCAAUGCAAAAAGCAUAGCUGCUGCUGGGGUGGAGAGUGCAGUUACUGGCAAUGCCUCAACAACCUCUGCGACGCCUUCCCCGAGUCGCUCACCUGCCCGCCCACUUGCUGGGACUCCUGCAAGGACUGCUAG